CGGUAGACUAAUGGGAAAGUGCCUAACGUUUUUUAACGUAAGGACUCAAUAGAAUAACUCGUAAAGUUCAGGGGCAAUGCUUUUAUCCCAGAAAUCGGAGAGGAGAGGGUUUCAGCCGAAGUUGCUCCUCUUCUGAUAUUCUUUCUCACGCUUCAGAGUUUGAAAUUUCUUACUAAGAAAUCAAACAUCCGAUCAUGAAAUUGAAAUUACUGACAACAAUCUCAUUAUCUACUCGGCACCCCGUGAAAUUGAAGCAAUCAUCAUUGCUUCUUUUGAAACAAUGGUACUCUUCGUCUUCUUUUGGAGAAACAGAGAGACUAAGCGAGAGUCAAAGCAACGACAUCCCCACAUCAGGAAUCAGCAGGCCACUCUCUGAAAUCCUUAAAGAACUCAAUAAGAAAGUACCUGAUUCCCUAGUCAGGCAACGCCAUCAGGAUGGCUUCUCCGCCAAGUACAUCCCCUGGCAUAUAGUCAACAGGAUAAUGAACUUACAUGCCCCAGAAUGGUCUGGUGAGGUUCGGAACAUAACUUAUUCCACGGAUGGCAAGUCUAUCUCUGUUGUUUAUCGUGUCACACUCUACGGGACUGAUGCUGAGGUGAUAAUUUUGCCAUGAACUCAUAAAGGAUGUUAUUACUCAGAAUAUAGUCAGUGCAUAUCAGUUCUGGUCAUCUGGUAGCUAGGGCGAUUAUUGGAAUUCAGAAAACAUCAAUGAUUUUAUUCGACACAAAUUUGAGUAAUUUUGCUGGCUGAAAUAAUCUUAUUCAAUAAAGCUUGGGAGAUGGGCAUAUGAGAAAGAGUACCAAAAAUGUAAAACUAAUUGACGCCAAAGCCAGAUUUCAAAUCUAUUCCUCAUCAAAUCAAAACUCGGGAAAAAAAAAAAUUCUAGGACCCAGUAUGGGAUAAACUCAUAAAGAAAAGGUACCUACUUCUAGUAUUUUUGUCUAUUAAGCCUAGAAUUAUUCAACUAGUCCUUUUAUGUAAUUCUUUUAAUGAAAAUGUUGCCAAGUUUGCUACAUCAGGAAAUUCUAACAGGAAGUCUUCAUGGCAUGGAAGGUAUUGAUUUUCUCUGGAAAAAAACCUCUACCUUUUAUUUAA